UCUUUUUUUAAUUGCAAAAAGCCACUUGUGUCAGCCUCUGUCUAGCCUAUUGGCUGCAGGGCUGUGUCUGGUGCAUUUUGUUAAAAUGUUUUCCUUCAUUCUUAUAGCUUGAUUGUCAUGUUAUCCAAACUGGCAAUGCACAUUAAUAAAAUAAUAUUGACCAUAGGACACUGUAUUUAUAAAAGAUAGCAUUUUUCCUACACAGAAAGACCUAAUAAACUUUUUUAAUAUAGAAAAAAUAAACUGCAUUUACUGUUACACUAUGAUUUGUUUUUGAAAUUGCCAUUCAUAUUAUAUCAGCUAAUAAUUGCAUGUGAUAAAACAUAUCCAAACUCAACAUCCUUAGCAAAUAACUAUCAUGGUUUACCAUAAUAGUGGACCAAAAACACCAUAAGAAACUGAGGCAAUCAUAGCAAAAUGUUCUGUACCGUGUUUGCCUUAGGAGAUGAUUAAGGGAUGAAGAGACUUUAUUCUUAUGAAUUACUUGUUACAUUUCUUUGUCUCUAAAGUUACAGCCAUUUAAAAUUAGAGAUGGUUUUUACGAGUAACAAUUGAAUAUGUAAUCAUGCAUAUAAUUUGCCAAAUCACAAGAGGAAUUGCUUAUAAGACUAUUAAAUUGAAUGUAACAUUUAAUGUGUAUUUUUUGACAAAUCAUAUUGCCAUCUUGGAAAUGUGGCAGUGUUCACAGAGCAAGUUGUGUUUGUUGUUAAAAAAAUGCAAAGUAUUGAAAUAAUUUUUGUUUUACUCUACGGAACAUGUGAGAAUACAUUACAUUUUGCUCUGUGUUAAACAAGUCAUAAAAAACCCACAAUGACUUUGGAAAGCAAAAAAUAUCUAUUUAAAAUACAUUUAAAAUACAUUUGUUGUUGUUGUUGUUAUAGUUGUACUUUUUAACAGUACAAAUGCCUAAACAGUGACCGGUUCGCCAUUUUGGAUGUCGAAGUUGCGACACACUCGAACACGUGUUUACUUUGAUUGAGUACACACUUCAUGGAGGGGCGUAGGAUGAAAGUAUUGGGGCGCAUUAUUUUGAACACGGCUGCGCGUGUUCAAAAUAGCGUCGUACUGGCUUCAUUUGACUUCCUACAGACUUUCGGGAUGUUCCUACAGUGCACUCUAGUGGUGGUAAAUUGUAAUUAAUUUCCACUAGGCUACAUUUUCAUUAACAAAGAAAAUACUCCUACAUCAGUUCAGCUGUUUCUCUUUUGUGUAUCUUCUCUGUCUUCUCAAACCUCCAGUCGGUUCUGGCAGAUUUUUGAUUGUACUGAGCCUGGUUUUGGUUCUGUUGGAGGUUUUUUCCUUUGAAAUUGGAGUUUUUCCUCUCCAUACAUGCUCAGUAUGAGGUAUUGCUGUAAAGUCAAUGACACAAAGCAAGCGAUUGUCUACUGUCAGUACGUGUUCAUCCAGGAGGAGUGAACAUGACACUAUGGGGUGGACCUUGCUUACACUCCCCUCUCUCACCCUGUCUUUGCUUCUCUCUUGGCAGUAUUACUUCUUUGUCUUCAAUGAUAAGAUUAGGUUACCCCAACUGCAAGUGAUACAGCUUCAUAAAUAUCUUGCUUUUCAUGAAUAAUUGGCAAGUUUGCCAGCUAAAGUGAGCAUGUGAACAGAAAUAGGCCGCAGGCAGGUAAAGCAGUCACUGUUUAUAGAGCAGCAAACCAAAGAUGGAUAUUUCUGUUCUGCCCAACAACAAUCACCCUGAAAAGUUUCUGCAGCUGGAUGUUGGCAUUUUGGAUGCUACCCAUGGCAUGUUCCAGGUUGGAGCAUUUGUUUCCAGUCAGAGACGAUGGCAGAACCGGGUCUAUUUACAGCGGGAACAAACAACCCAACAUGGAAGAAAAAUUCCUCCGUACUCAGAGGGCAGUCCUGUGGUGUUUGUGGACAGACAUCUGGAGAAGCAUAUAACUCCAGUAACUCUGAAGUAUAACAUCAAAAGGAAUCCUCUUUACAUGGAUUUAAAAUCCAUCGACACGGUGGACAGUGGCGGAAGAUUUAAGCCUUCCUGGACCAUCAAAGAAUAUGACACAAAAACUAUCCAUGGCAACUUAGAUUAUUUGAAGGACACAAAAACACCCAAGCAGUUGGACUUCUGGCUUGAAGACCUGUACACCCCAGGAUUUGACUCUCUGCUCAAGAGAAAAGAAUCAGAGCACAAGAGAAAAAGACUUACCAAAAUUGUUCUCUCAAUAAUUUUGCUCAUUUGUGCUUCUCUUAUCGUCAUAAUAGUGCCUAUUGUAGUUUUACAACAGAGCUGAAUUGGAUGCAAAAAUCGUGCCAUAAUCUGCAUCAUCUACUCUAAAAGACAAUAGGGGCUGUCAGUGAUUCAGUGUCCAAACUAUCUACCAAUAAGAUCAAAAUCAUUACCUCAAAAAUAUUAAAUAUUUUUGAGGUAAUGAUUGGCUUUUUUUAAUCAUAAAGAAUAUGGGUGAUUGUGGUCCUACUUGAUAUGAAAUUAAAAUAAAAAUUUUGUAAAACAUCUAGUCAUACAAAACUGUAAAAGGCAUCUAUCUGCAUUGAACUUACACACCACAUCUUAGAGGAAAUUACCUUUUUCUCAAAACUAAAACUUAUGGACAUUUUAAAGUUUUUGAAGGUCAGCUUGCUGCAAUCUUCUGAAAAUUUUGCUCCUGACUGAAGGAUGAGUGAAUAUGUUAUUUUCAACAGGUCAUAUGUAAAAUGAUCGUACUUGGCAAAAAUGACAAAAGCACACAAUACAUAUUAUAGAUAUGAAACACAAAGGAUAAUAGAAUCUAUUCUAGUCUAAAUGUUUUAUUACUUGCAUGCAAGAAACGCAAUGGUAGUCAACUUUUCCUCCUGCAUGUAGGAGGAAGAGUUAUGUGCUUUAGACAAACACAUAACCAAUGCUUAUAACGACUAAUCUGGCUGCCUUCAUUUUAAAAGAACAAUUAUUAUGCAAAUUUCUAUUUAAGUAUCAUAAAGAUAAAAUUUUUUGCUGUGCUAUUAAAUUCAUAGAUGAUAUUGGGUCUCAGGGCUCUUUGAAUCACUAUAAUUAAUUUCAGAGAGCUGGUUGAUUAGUUUGUAUGGUAAGCUCAAUUAAAGGAAAUCUGCUUAAGAAGGA